CGUUUCUGCCGGCCCUAGGUGGGAUUAAAGAAAUUCGAGCGUCUUAUGCUCUAGAAUACUAGGUAGUGUACAUUGUGCUCUUCAUUAAUAAGCACAGAAAGGGUAAGUAUAAAAUGUUUGUUUUUUUGUACGCAGCUUGCUAUAACAGUACAUCAUUAGGUUGAAGUUUAUAAUAUAAUGUUAUAUAUGAACAGUAUAAUGAGUUAAUAUAGUUAUUUUUGCAAUUCACUAUGGAUAUCAGGUAUUUCAACGUACGCACAAUUAUUACUCCUUCCACUAAAGAUUUUUCCUUCGUCUAUGUCGAGUCUAUCAUCAACUGUCAGAAGUACUGUUGUUUUAUAGUAGUAAGACGUUCACAAGACGCAAAAACGCAAUUAUAAAACAAACAGUUGCUGUAUGCAGUGCCUAAAACUGCAAUAAGAGUUUGGCACCAAUGACACGCGAUAUAGUUUCAACAUAAAUAAAGUAGACGGUUUGAUUAGGUUAUUUAAUUGCAGGCUCAGUAGACUGGUCACUAGAAGCACCCAUUUGUUGACACUGAUAAAUUUGAGGUCUUUUAUUAUAAACAAUACUUGCUAGUCAUUCGCUUGAAGAUACUUUUAUAUUAACGUAAAAUUAUGAAAUUUGGGCGGUGCAUUAUUUCUUCGUUUUAAUUUUCUCAUAUUUAACUUCAUUGUGAGCUGAUUUUGGGCCAAUGAAACAUUAACCAUUUUUCUUUUUAAUGAGAAAGCAGCUAUAAAUUUUAUAUGCCGAUAUGCACAGACAUCACAUGUUGUUUAAAUAAACAUAAUAAUACGUACAUAAACAUACAGGUGGAAACAGAUUCGUGAACACAUAUUGUGUGCUAGAAAAAAAUAUACAAACAAAUAUUGCGAUAAACGCAUUAUUGAAUAACUCCGUUCACAAUGCAAAGUACACUACUUUAUUUGUGACACGGUUUCGGCAACUGUCUAUGUAAAGAUUCGUGCCGCAAACAUUAACCACAUCAUAUUUUCUAGAUAUUUUCGCCAGUGUCUACACAAACGGCAGCUUAAGUUGAAUGGAUUGUAGUUUGCUAGUAGCAGCUUUGUUAUUUGCAGCAUUUUGAUGGUAGCAACAGCGAAUCGUGCUCUGGAUAAACAAGGUAAAGCAAAUGGACGACCGAUAUACCUUACCGACUACCGUACACUUUCAAAGCUUUAAAUGUGCAAUAGAUACGUACUAAAAUGUCAUUUCCUCAAUUACCUUACCGUGUGAGUACCAGAGCUCAAGACAUUACCCAGGAGCCGAUUCAAGCCCGUGAGUGGUGGCGAGCGCGGAAAAAACCUUAAUAUUACAAUGACGUUAACAACCCCGCAAAAGGUCAGGUUCUAAGCAAACCGUUUUGAGGAAGGGGUUUCAGUUUGUCACAAUACCUGAUAAUUACCGUUAUACGAACAACAGCAACUAUGUGCGUAGCAGACAAAGGAGCACCCUAGCACUACCUUGCAGAGCACUCUCCUUCAACUGAACAGGGUCUUGAGCUAUUUUUUGGGGAGUUCAUGUGCGAUCUGCCAGCUUAGUGGUUAUGACAACGCGCCAAUAGGGUCGGCCGAGGCUUUUACAGGCGUUAGAGGCUAAAGUUCAAACUGCUCUGUGCAACGGCAUCAUUGAACCCUCAUCCAAUUCGUGAUUCUUCCCAGUAGUUUCGAUUAACGAUUUUUAUGUACUUGCCAUCCCUACCGAUGCUUAGAACUUCAGCGAUCUGGGCCUGAUCACCGAAUAUGCACAGAUUAACUUAUUCCUAGACAUUCUGCACGUCGAGAGGGUUCUACUAGUCUAAACGAGUGUGAUUCGGCCUCGCCAACGUACCCGCAGUGUUCCACAGGCUGGUGGACAAGGUCGUUGGGUCUCUCAAAAAAAUACCAAAUUGCUCUGGUCCACCGUGAACCUGAUCUUAAUACUCACGUGACCCACCUGGAAAAAAAUACUAGUUGUGAUCUACUCCUCUAGCCUGCGGCUAAAAGCCAAGAAAUGCGAUCCAGAAGGUGAUGUAUUUAAGCUACGAAAUCGCAGUCGCCAAAGUUUCACUGGAUUCCGAAAAGGUUCAGACGGUGGCAUUUUUGCCAAUUCUUAUGUCAACUAAAGGUUUGGAAGAAUUUUUUUAACAGACGGUUCAUACGAAAUUUUGUGUGCAUCUUAAUUCCGCUAUACACUGUAGCCAAGCUACAGGACUCUGUUCACGACGCCGACCACGGAGGAGCUUAUAGAAAUUUGUAGAGGCAAAUGGUUGCCUACCCUAGCAGCUGUUUGACUGACGCAGACACCAGAUGUCGCUCUUCUUAAACCGUGCUUGCUGUCAGUACGAGCCGUUGAGAGAUUUCGACGGUACUUCUUUGGACGUUACCAGUCGUUUUGAACAAGGACCUGAAAGGGAAAGCGAGCCAUUGCCUAUAGUUACCACGCUGAAAAAAAAACAAAAUACGCUGUUUAUUUAAAAACAUCAAAAAUGCGUUAGUUACCUCAUCAGUGUAUAUUUCUGUAAGUAUUAGGUAUUAUGCAAUGCAACACUAGUUUAAGCAGCAGUCUUAUUUUGUAUAGGCGAAAGGCGAGCUAACACGGGUGAAACGCACUUUCGACGCCUCAUUCUGAUUUGAUCCUGGAACACAACACAGUUAAUAAUGGCCGAGGAGGAAGAACAGCAAGGCUACCGUUGGGAGUCCGAAUAUGAGAGGACUUGGGAGGCUAUCCAAGAAGAUGAAAGUGGGAACCUACAAGCAAGUGUACAGGAUAUUGUCCAUAAAACAAGGCGACACCAUCUGCUUCUCCAGAAGAAUGUCCGACUUGGAAUGAUGCGCCAUAUUUACAUCGUACUUGAUCUCUCGUCAUCAAUGAACGAUACAGAUUUGAAACCGACUCGAAUGCAGUGCGUUUUGCACCAAAUGGAAAACUUUGUCGAUCGUUUCUACGAUGAGAAUCCCAUCUCGCAGAUGGCCAUUGUUGCCACUUCAAACAAGCGGGCUGAAAAAAUAUCGGAUUUGUCGGGAAAUCCGCUAAAACACAAGGAAGGUCUAGCGAAACUUAAGGACCGCCUUCCAGUCGGGGAGCCCAGUCUACAAAACAGCAUCAAUAUGGCUGCGAAUGUCCUUCAACAUAUGCCGGCACACAGCAGUCGCGAACUAAUUAUCAUUCUUGGAAGUUUGACAACGUGUGACCCUUCGGAUAUUGGGACCACAAUUAGUGAAGCCAAACAGCUGGGUCUGCGUUGUUCCGUCAUUGGGCUUGCCGCUGAAGUUCACGUGUGUAGACAACUUACCAAAACUACAGGCGGCUCGUAUCAGGUCGUGAUGGAUGAGGAACAUCUGGGGGAGCUCUUGAGUACGCAUCUCCUACCUCCGCCGGCACUGAGUAAUGUUGAAUGCUCCCUUGUUCGUAUGGGAUUUCCCUAUCACCGAUCUGAACAUGAAGAUGCACCGUCACUAUGUCACUGCCAUUUAGAGAGCGCAAGUGGCGACAGCGGACACCACCUGUCCUCCGGGGGCUAUUUUUGCCCCCAAUGCAAAUCGAAAUAUUGCGAGCUCCCAGUUGAAUGCCGUUGUUGUGGACUCACGUUGGUAUCGGCUCCGCAUUUAGCACGGAGCUAUCAUCACCUGUUUCCUUUGGAUAACUUUGAGGAGACACCCCUUCAGAAAGGUGAAGUAAGGACUUGCUUCGCGUGUAUGUGCUCCGUGGAAGGCCAAAGUAUGUACAAAUGUGGAUCAUGUCAUGAAUUCUUUUGUCUCGACUGUGACAUAUUUGUCCAUUCGACCUUGCACGUCUGCCCAGGCUGCGCCUGCAAGCCGCUGGUAACAACAGGCGGUACAGCCUCGUCAUCUUUGCCAUUGAGUCACGAGGUCGCGUCAUCACAACGGGAGCAUUAGUGUAACAUUGGCUUCUAACCGACCAGAAUCGUUGCCAGAACAAAGCAUAAAAGCGCAUCGUUGUCGAGAAUCAUAUAUUUAGAACUGCGGUAGAAUUUUACUGUAUAUAAAUAUGGCAAUGUAUAUAGGUAAUCAUUCUACAUAAAUGCCACAUUGGUAGGACAAUCUUUUUCUAAGGCAACCAUAAACAGGGUACACUGAAAGGCCUUAGGUAUAGUACUUGGUGAAUGGAUCUGCAGUUGUUGCGUACAUUUAGAAAGCAGUUUUGUUGAUCGUGUUUAUCAUUACAUGUGGUGGUCAUAAGCAUAAAAUAUUUGCAUUUGAAGGGCCACUUGAAAUGUAUAUUCUAUGUAUAUCUACUAUUCCUUAUAUCGGAGUAACUUUUCAUUUUUUACUUAACAUGCUUUUAGUUAUUAUAUUAUGCUAAUUAUUAUAUUAGUGAGAUAUAUCUAUGAAAGAGGACAAGCAGUAAAAAUGCGUUGUCGUUAAAUAAUUUAUAACUCAUGUGUCUUUAUUUUGUGAAGAUAACAAUAAUUUUGUAAUUGUGCAUGUGGGUAUGCAUGCAAACGGGCAAUAUACACAUUACAUUUUCGGUGCACGCAUCUAUGAGCGCAUAUUCAGUGGUGGACGUUGUUGCCCGUUUUAUCCGUAAUUGAUUACUAAUUACUCCUAGCCUUAACCUCACCGCUGCGUAAUGUGGCUUCAAUGGCUAUAUCGGAACUGAUUAUGGUCCUUAAAACUUGACAAGCAAUCGUUUGUACUAAAAUAACUGCAAUAGAAGUAGUUACACCAUGAAGGAGACUGACUUGUUACUUC